UACUAAAGUCAGUAGAUUUCUUUUGCCACACAUUUUGAAACACUAUAGACCGGAUUUAUAGACGGAGAAAUUGUAGUAGACACAGAAGAAAUAAUAGUCGAAUCAUUUAAUAGAGUCAGUGUUAAGUAAAGUUAGGAAUUAUAUACAAAUUUGCAUUUUUCGCAUACAAUUAAUUCUGUGAUAUCAUCAUCAUCUUGAUAAAUUCAGGUUAGAAUUUUUAAAUUCAGAUCAUUAAUUUGUGUGUCGGGGUAUAAUCAAAGAAUCAUAAUACACAUAUUGAGGUGGUAGUUCCAGUUCCAGUUCAGUCAAUCAACUAUACAUAAACAAGAAACAGAUUCUAAAACCAUAUAUUUAUGUCAUUCAUAUCAGUAUGCUGCAGAUAAGUCCAACACCUACAGGCACUCCGGUGUCAUUGCCUCCCAUACGAAAAAGGAAAACUCAAUCUAUAACGUGUGAUUUAGGUUUAUCAAGACUAAAAGAUUACGAAAUAAUCGAGAAAUUAGGUCAAGGUACUUUUGGUGUAGUUCAAAAGGCUAAAGAAAAGGAAUCCGGUGAUAUAGUGGCAAUAAAACAAUUACUUAAUCAUUCUGCCAAAGAGGGAUUUCCUAUAACUGCUUUAAGAGAAAUAACAAUCUUGAAACAAUUAAAUCAUGUAAAUAUUUUAUCAAUUAAAAGAAUGAUCUAUGAAGAUCCAAAAGUAACUAAUGCUGAAGAUAAAGUGACUCAUAGGGGUUGCUUUUAUACUGUAUCUCCAUAUAUAUCAAGUGAUUUGGUAGGAUUACUUGAAAAUCCAAAUGUAUCAUUAAAGUUAACUCAUAUUAAAUGUAUUAUGCAACAACUUCUUGCAGGAAUAAACUAUAUCCAUCACCAAAAAUAUUUACAUAGAGACAUUAAAGCUGCUAACAUUUUACUAGAUGCUAGUGGUAUAUUAAAGAUUGCCGAUUUUGGUUUGGCAAGAGUUUAUCAUGGUCAUACUCCAGAUCUAGGUUUAGGUCCAGGAGGUGGUGAAAAAAAUUAUACAGGAUUAGUAGUAACUAGAUGGUAUAGACCUCCUGAAUUAUUAUUAGGUGAAAGAAAAUAUACUACUGCUGUUGAUAUGUGGGGGAUUGGAUGUGUAUUUGCUGAAUUAUUUACUCAUAAACCUAUAUUAGUAGGUAAAUCAGAUGCUCAUCAAGCUCAAUUAGUAUUUAAUUUAGUAGGAUCUCCAAUAGGUUGGACCCAUGCAUCUACGUUACCAAACAAAAAUGAUUAUUCUAUUGGUCUUAAUUGUACUAGAACAUUAGAAUCGAAAUUCGAAGGUUUAAUUCCUAAAGAUGGAAUAGAACUUUUAAGUGGAUUAUUAACCUUAGAUCCUUAUAAACGAUUCAAUGCAUUGGAUGCUUUAAGUCAUAAAUUCUUCAAAACUGAUCCUUUACCUAUUAGACCCCAUGAAUUACCUCAAUUUGAAGAAAGUCAUGAAAUAGAUAAAGAAAGAUUUAAGAAACUUCGAGAAAUGUCUAAAAGUAGUCAUAAUAAUAAUAAUAAUAAUAAUAAUAAUUACAAUAUCAAUGACAACUAUAAUGAUAAUUAUGUGUACCAUUAUCCAACUUCUUCCCAUGUUAAUCAAUCUCAAAAUGAAAGCGAGUAUCAUACAAAAUCUUACGAAAAUGAUUAUAAACAAGAUACAUAUAGACCUAAGGCUCCAACUGGCGGAGAAAAUAAUAGAAGAGCAAAUCAUGAUGAACCACCACCACCGCCACCAGUACCAGUGCCAGUACCAGCUAUCAGAGUCGGCACAUCAACAGAAGAUAAUUCAAGGAACCCAAGAGCAACAGAGAGUGCAUUCAGAAACAGGGAAUAUUACAGUGGUUAUAAUAAGUCAAAUACACCAGCUAGUUCAACCGAUACAAAGAACGUAAAUAUGCUACCAGUCAAGCCUACUCUUGCUCUAUCAAAAUCAGCAUAUAGCGAUAGAAGGUCUCCUACAAACUCCCCAAAUACCGGAGGAGGAUCUGGAUUUGCUUCUAUCCGAGGGUCACACGCUUCACCAAAUGCAAGUUUGCAUGGUGAUCCAUCUGAUUCCAGCCAAAUAAAGCAACAAGUGAUUGAAGUUCCAUGGGCUUCAAAAUCUCAAUUAUCAGAAUCAAAUAAAAAUGUUAGGUCAGCAACUCCUACCAAAGACAGUAUUUUUAUUCCAAAGGCAACAGUUGCAUCUAUGAUUGAACGAAAAUCCAGACCAGCGGAAAAGAGUGCUCAAUCUAUAAUUAAGAAAAUUCAAUCAAGACAACAUUCACCACUAGAACCUGUUGCAAAAACUCCAACUGUCCGAAAGCCAUCUACUCCAUCUUCACUUUCAAACAUCAAAAAUAGAACUAAAGAGGCUGUAAAUAGUAUUUCAAAAACAAUUACAAACUCUUUACAUAAGAGAUCAUCUAGUGAUCGAUCACAAUCUGAAAGUGCUAAGAAGAAGUUGAAAUUAAGUAAAGAAGAACAGAAUGAUGACAGUGAUUUAAGUGAUAAAGAAGAUAUUUCAUCAAGUGAUAAUGCUAUAUUAGGUGCUUUUUUAAACCAAAAGGAAUGGAUGAAAGAAUCUGAGUACAGAAAGUUUACCAAUGAGGUUGUCCGAUUCCAUCUGAAGAAUCCCAAUAAAUCAAAGGGAAAAUAGUGUAAUUUUAUUAGAUUUUUAGGAAAAUUGUUAAUAUAUCGGAUCUAAAAAUUAUAAUGAUUGUAAUAUUAGUAUUUAAACAAUAAUUAUUGGUUGUAAAUAACUUACAUUUAGUGUAUGAUAAUGUAACAUAGAUCAAAAAGAUAACCAAAUCUGGUUGUAUUUACGAGUAAUGCGAUAUUCGGAAUAGUUUGAGGAGGGCCACGCGAAAAAGCGGACCUUUGCCGGAACAGAUAUCCGAGCUUAACUGAUCGAUCAGAUAAAAAUUUUGCUUUGU